AUGGAUCCCUCGCGAAACAAAACGUUCUCGAGAGAGGCUACCAACCAGAUGGGCUACGUGUUCGUUGCAGUCCAGCUGAAUUUUCAGUUGGUAAUGAGUAAUGGAUAUGGACCUCGCGGACGUUGCCAACGCAAGUUCAACACCAAUAUCGUGGAUGACGCUAACGAGAGACAGAAACGGAACAAUGCUGGGACGAGUGAAACAGGCCAUCUAGUAAGCAAAUAA